AUGGUUCAAGGGUCAAAAACCGAAGGCCCCUCCCAGGCCGAGAUUCUCCUUCGUGUUACCUCAGGAAUCGCCGCAGAACUCAUUAAAGCCCACGAUUCCAACCAAACAGUCUCGCUGAAUGAACUCCGCGCAAAGAUCUCUAAGAAAUAUGGCUUCGGGGGCGUGCCGAGGCUGGUAGAUAUCAUCAGCGCCAUACCGGACGAAUAUAAAAAGGCUCUUUUGCCUAAACUUCGUGCAAGGCCUAUAAGAACAGCCAGUGGUAUCGCUGUGGUAGCAGUGAUGUGCAAACCUCAUCGAUGCCCUCACAUCGCCAUGACGGGGAACAUUUGCGUAUACUGCCCAGGUGGACCGGAUUCUGAUUUUGAUUACAGCACGCAAAGUUACACUGGGUAUGAACCGACGAGCAUGCGUGCCAUUCGUGCGCGCUAUGACCCGUACGAGCAGACGCGAGGACGUGUCGAACAGCUAAAAGCCCUUGGUCAUAGCGUCGACAAAGUCGAAUUCAUUAUCAUGGGCGGUACUUUCAUGAGCAUGCCAGAGGACUACCGCGCAAAAUUCGUCGCACAGCUACAUAACGCUUUAUCUGGCUUCACGGGCACCGAUGUUGAUGAAGCGGUACGAUAUUCAGAACAGAGCAAGUCAAAGGCAAUCGGGAUAACCAUAGAGACGCGACCAGACUACUGCUUGAGGCCCCAUCUAUCCCAGAUGCUCCGCUACGGCUGCACGCGCCUCGAAAUCGGCGUCCAAUCAGUAUACGAGGACGUUGCCCGAGACACAAAUCGUGGACAUACUGUGCGUGCGGUCUCCGAGUCCUUCCACAUGGCCAAAGAUGCAGGGUUCAAAGUCGUCGCUCAUAUGAUGCCUGAUCUCCCAAAUGUGGGGCUGGAGCGCGACCUUGAGCAGUUUAAGGAAUAUUUUGAAAAUCCGGCAUUUAGGAGCGAUGGAUUGAAGAUAUAUCCUACUUUGGUCAUUCGAGGGACGGGCUUGUAUGAGCUUUGGCGGACGGGCAAGUACAAGAAUUACACACCUAAUGUCUUGGUGGAUGUCGUUGCUCGGAUAUUGGCACUCGUACCUCCAUGGACGCGAGUAUAUCGCGUACAAAGAGAUAUUCCAUUGCCGCUGGUCACAAGUGGGUGUGAAAAUUCGGGCAAUUUACGAGAGUUGGCCCUCAAUCGAAUGAAAGAUUUCGGCGCAGAAUGCAGAGAUGUGCGAUAUCGCGAAGUUGGCAUACACGAAAUACACCACAAAGUACGACCGGAGUCUGUCGAGCUUCUCAGACGAGAUUAUGCGGCCAACGGUGGGUGGGAGACCUUCCUUUCUUACGAGGACCCAGAGCAAGACAUCUUGAUUGGGCUUCUUCGUCUACGGAAAUGUACCGAGGAAGGCACCUUCCGGCCUGAGCUUGUGCGCAAGGAAGGCGCAGAGGGAGGGUCGAGUAUUGUCCGUGAGCUCCAUGUGUAUGGUACUGCAGUUCCAGUGCACGGGCGCGACCCAACGAAAUUCCAACAUCAGGGGUUUGGGACACUGCUUAUGGAAGAAGCAGAACGAAUAGCACGGGAGGAACAUGGGAGUGUGAAGCUCGCUGUCAUAUCAGGUGUCGGUACUCGAGAUUAUUACCGCAAGCUUGGUUACGAGCUCGACGGUCCCUACAUGAGCAAAUCAUUACUAUAA